GCGCAGGACCCGCAGGUUUCCAGCCGCGCUGAGGUCACAGGCAGGCGGCCUGGCGGCGUCCGAGCCGAAAGCCUGCGCCGAGCGGGGCCAGAGCGGAGCCCGAGCCGAAGCGGAGCCCGAGCCCCUCCAGCAGGGAGAGGCCGACCCUGCAGGCCGGCAUGGAGGAGGAAUGCCGGGUGCUCUCCAUCCAGAGCCACGUCGUCCGCGGCUACGUGGGGAACCGGGCGGCCACGUUCCCGCUGCAGGUUUUGGGGUUUGAGAUCGACGCCGUGAACUCUGUCCAGUUUUCAAACCACACAGGCUACGCACACUGGAAGGGCCAGGUGCUGAAUGCAGACGAGCUCCACGAGGUGUACGAGGGGCUGAAGCUGAACAACGUGAACAAGUAUGACUACGUGCUCACGGGGUACACGAGGGACAAGUCCUUUCUGGCCAUGGUGGUGGACAUCGUGCGGGAACUGAAGCAGCAGAACUCCCGGCUGGUGUAUGUGUGCGACCCGGUGAUGGGCGACAAGUGGGAGGGCGAAGGCUCCAUGUACGUUCCCGAGGAUCUCCUUCCUGUGUACAAGGAGAAGGUGGUGCCGGUGGCAGACAUCAUAACGCCCAACCAGUUCGAGGCGGAGUUGCUGACGGGCAGGAAGAUCCACAGCCAGGAGGAAGCCUUAGUGGUGAUGGACGUGCUGCACUCGAUGGGCCCCGACACCGUGGUCAUCACCAGCUCCGACCUCUCUUCCCCUCGGGGCAGUGACUACCUGAUUGUGCUGGGAAGCCAGAGGAUCCAGCACACCAUCCGGCCCCUCAUCAGCUGCGCAGUCCCCCCAGGCCGUCCUGACUGGCACCCCGAUGGCUCCGUGGCGAAGGAGCGCAUCCGCAUGGACAUCCACAAGGUGGACGCCGUCUUCGUGGGCACCGGGGACCUGUUCGCUGCCAUGCUCCUGGCGUGGACGCACAAGCACCCCAACAACCUCAAGGUGGCCUGUGAGAAGACGGUGUCAGCCAUGCACCACGUUCUGCAGCGGACCAUCAAGUGUGCGAAAGCCCAGGCUGGGGAAGGACAGAAGCCCAGCCCGGCCAUGCUGGAGCUGAGGAUGGUCCAGAGCAAAAGGGACAUCGAGAACCCAGAGAUCGUCGUCCAGGCCACCGUGCUGUGAGGGCUCCUGCGCCCCUUGCUGGCGCAGCGCCGGCGUCUCCGUCGUCACCCCUGUGAACAUGUAACGUCUGCCUUAGAGCUGUGACCGAAACUUGAUAUUUUUUUCCCUUUCGUGAGUGUCCAGCAUCCACUGGUCUUAAUUGUGAAAACGUGCCAGUCGUGCUUUUUAACAAAUAACACAGUGAUCGCAGAAAUCUGUAAUUUGGAGACCCAGCCCCCCUUUCCCACGAAGGCUCCUGGGCCUCCCUGAACACCAGCUCUGUGGUCACCCCCUUGGGGGGCGUCCUCCCCAGCUGGGGGGCGGGGGCAUGGAGGAAGGGGCUGCUGCCUGCAGGGGUUGCCCCCUGUGCCCUGUGGCCGGGCCGGGGCGGGCCGGUGUCUAUGUGUCUCUGAGAACGAGUGUGAUGUUCCCAUCCGCAUCGGACGGUUUAUGCCAAGUCCCUUCCUUGUCGUCCCGACCUCUCCCUCCUGGCUCCUGCGUCGGGAUUCUGUUUCCUAUGUCGCUGCUCGGUGGGUCGUGGGGCAUCUCCGAUGUCCUGCUCUGUUUCCCCACAUGGACAGGUCCGUGCCGGUGGCCCAGACACACACAGGGGUGCACAGUCCCUUUGGCGGGGACCUUCCAGGACCCCGAGAAUCCAAGUCCACAGAGUAUCAGCGGGACCGCCCUGUAACCCACGAGAGUCUUCAGGGACCAGCUGCACGAGGCGCAGAGAUGCCAGGGAAGGGACUGCCGAGGGGUUGGGGAGAUGCCCCCUGGGCUCCUUUUGGAAAUCUCGCCGAGUUGGUGACACAACAGCGUGUCACCAGCUGCUGGUGAGGAGCGCGCCCCGCUGGGGAGUUAGCGUGCGGACAGGUGCGGGCACAGAGCUGGGCCCUAGGCCCCGACACCAGUCCAGGUGUCCACUGCCAGCAUGACCGCCUUGGCUCCACUUGUCCAGAGUUUUGGGGUACCCUAGGCUUGAAGACUCAACCUGCCUGGAUCUCCACACCCUGCCCCCUAGCCUCGGAGCCCACAGCCUGGAAGGGAGACACAGGGUGUGGGGCCCCUUGGGCUCCUGGGAGAGCAAACUCUCCGAGGCCAGCCCCUGUGCCCGCGGUUCCGUGCCCACGGGGGGCCCGCACGGCUCCUCGGCAGUCCAUCCUUCGGUUUGUAGAAAAUGCCCGA